UUCCAGGAAGUAACCUAGCUACCUUGCCAUUUCUUCUAAUCUUAGUCACCUUCUGGGAAAUCGUCACCUUUCACACACCACAGAAAUCUUAUUUUUUUCUACUUCCGUACCCAUUAUAUAAACCCUAACCAAUAAUGAUCUAGUACAUGUUAUUCAACAAAAAGGUUCAUUACUCAUUAGUACGGACAAAAUAAGCAAAAGAUCAUGGAUGUUCUUGGUGUUAACGUUAAGAGCAAGAAACAAUCCAGGAGAAGGAGCGCCAAAAAGGGUAUCAAAGUUGUGUACAUAUCCAGCCCUAUGAAAGUUGAGACUAGUGCCUCAAAAUUCAGGGCUCUUGUGCAAGAACUCACUGGAAAAGACUCUGAUGCAGAGCGAUUUAUGGACUUUAAUGGUGUCGAAAACUCUCCAGAAAUUCUUGAACGAAGAACUGUUGAUGGGUCUGCUGGAUCUUUAGUCCCUUUGAUGAACUCUUACAAUGAGUCAUCAUCGUCUCCUGCAGGUUCUGAUUCUAUUUUCCAGCCUUUUGAUGGAUUUUUGCAGCCUAUGGAAGGGAGUUUUAUGAGCAUGUUUCAAUCAAAUCUUUUCCAUGAAUCUUCUCUCGAGCUUGAUGUGUUUAACUAGAAGAUUUAGCUUAGGUAUGCCUUGUAAGUUUUUGUAUGAGCUCUUUUCUUUCUGUUUUGGUCAUUCUUUCUUUUUCUUUUUUUUUUCUUUUUUUUUUAACUAUACCGAUACAUAUAUAUGUAAAUUAAUCAUAGUACUUAGAUAAAUUAAGCUUUUUUACAUAA